AUGUCCGACCCCCAAAACCAUCACUUUGACACGCUACAGCUGCACGCCGGCCAUGAGCCGGACCCAACUACAAACUCUCGUGCAGUCCCAAUCUACGCCACCAGCUCGUAUGUCUUCAACGACUCUGCGCACGGCGCACGGCUAUUUGGUCUCAAAGAGUUCGGCAACAUCUACAGCCGCAUCAUGAACCCAACAGUAGAUGUAUUUGAAAAGCGUAUUGCAGCCUUGGAAGGGGGUGUCGCCGCCGUUGCAGCCUCAUCUGGCCAAGCAGCGCAAUUCAUGGCCAUCUCGGCCCUAGCCCAUGCCGGCGACAACAUUGUCUCAACUAGCAACUUGUAUGGUGGCACCUAUAACCAAUUCAAGGUCAUGUUCCCGCGCCUUGGUAUAAACACCAAAUUCGUCCAGGGCGAUAAGCCCGAAGAUAUUGCAGCUGCGAUUGAUGACCGCACGAAGGCUGUCUUCCUCGAAAGCAUCGGAAAUCCGCGUUACAAUGUCCCCGAUCUCGAGGCAAUCGCCAAACUGGCACAUGAAAAGGGCGUCCCUGUCGUGGUAGACAACACGUUCGGCGCAGGCGGCUACUUCAUCCGCCCAAUCGACCACGGCGCCGACAUAGUCGUGCACAGCGCAACGAAGUGGAUUGGCGGCCACGGCACCACCAUCGCGGGCGUGGUAAUCGACAGCGGUAAGUUCGACUGGGGCAAGAAUGGCGCCAGAUUCCCACAGUUCAUCGAGCCCUCAGAGGGCUACCAUGGACUAAAGUUCUGGGAGACCUUUGGCUCUAUCGCAUAUGCCAUCCGGGUGCGUGUCGAGAUUCUACGAGAUCUUGGAUCAGCCUUGAACCCAUUUGCAGCGCAGCAGCUCAUCUUGGGCAUUGAGACACUCAGUCUGCGGUGUGAGCGGCACGCUAGCAAUGCAAUUGCCCUGGCUCAAUGGCUUCAGACGAACGAGAACGUUAGCUGGGUUUCGUAUCCUGGGUUGGAAAGCCAUCCCAACCAUGAUCUCGCCAAGAAGUAUCUGAAGCGUGGCUUUGGGGGAGUUUUGUCUGUUGGUAUCAAGGGUGGUGCGGCUGCUGGUGCACAGGUUGUUGAUAAUUUCAAGCUGAUUUCUAAUCUUGCUAAUGUUGGUGAUUCCAAGACCCUUGCUAUCCAUCCGUGGUCUACAACCCAUGAGCAGCUGUCAGAGCAGGAGCGUCGUGACUCUGGGGUUACAGAGGAUGGUAUUCGUAUCUCGGUUGGCACGGAGUAUAUUGACGACAUCAUUGCCGACUUUGAGCAGUCAUUCCGCGCUUCCAAGGCCGUCCCAGAUCGAAGUGCGUAA